AUGAACUGUCACAGAGAAGCUUGGAAGCAAAAGAAAGGAAUAUGGAGCAGAUUUGUUAGAGCAAAGAUAUAUUUCUUUAAACUCCAGGCUGGAGUGUCUGAACACAUUGACGAUUAUAACAUGGUUAAUUUCACUUGAUUUUGGGAGGGCAGAGUUGCAGUUUCCCUCUUGCUCAUCCAUCCCCAGUAAAGGACAGUUUCUGCCCUGCAGAGAGCAUGGAAGAAAGCGUAUGAAAAAAUACCUUUCGUGGUCCUGAUUGGUGGUGGAACGUUGGCUGUUCACACUGAAUGUGGUCUUAAUCUAACUACAAAGGCUGAAUUAUGUCAAUGGCUAGACCAAAGAGAUCAAGAGGCGUUCUACUGUAUUAAACCUGACAAUGUGUCCUGUGUGGCUUUUACCUACCUGAAGACAAAUCGUGGGCACCCUUUUGUGUGUGUUUCUCAUUCUUUUUCAUAAAAAGAUGACUCCAUCACACAUGAAAUCAACAGGUUAGUGGGAUAGAAAGACACGGCCACAACGCUGGGCCUGCACUUUAGACCCUUCCCUAUUGAUGCUUUCAUCAGGAGGGUGAUCAGCGUUCACAAAGCCAUCUCACACCUUUUACUUAAAUGCCCAGACACAAAAGUAAUCAUCAAAGCAGAAAAUAUCAGGGAGAUGCACAUAGACAGGGAGCAAUUCGGUGACAUUCAUGAAUAUGUCCAAUAUAUGGCAAUGACAGACAUUUUUCAGGGCCUUAAGGUGGGUAUCAUUAAUGCCUGGUCUAUGACUAUAGCAUAUGCCAAAAUUCACCCACCAGAUCAUGUGGUUGGAAACCAAAUCAAUGUGUUUUUUUAUGUACAUGUGUUAGCUGCUAUUUAUCUAAAAUGA